GAGGGAAGAAAGAAAAGAGAGAGGGAAUGAAAGCGAGUGACAUGAGGAGAAAAUGGGCAGAUUAUUUGUGUCCUGUGUCAUCAUCACCGAAGACUGUCCGUGCUAUCCCAUGUUCAGAGAACGGGUGAGGAGUUCCACUGUGUCUGCCAACAGAUGGGGAAGGCUAAGUUGCUGCGUCUGGAGCGGAGCUGAAUCAUAACGUCUGAGAAGCACAUGCCUCCCUGACUGCUGCCUGCGCUCUUCCCUAUUUGCUUACAGGCUUCAGGAUAUCCACUCGGUGAAGAUGUAGUCCAUUUGGUUUCCGUGGAGAUGUCUCUAAACAGGGCCUCCUCUUGUCGCAUCCCUCCUGCCCUGUUGCCGUGGCUACUGUGGACUCUGUGGGUUCUACUCGUCCCCACGACCGUCACCUCGAACACGGGCCCCGGCAACAGCACCCUGCUCUUCAACAGUGCCGCCCACGGCAACAGCCUGCGGAAAUGCAGCUGCUCCACCCACAUCCAGGACUGUGACGAGGCGUUGGCAAACCUGAUGUGCAGCUGCCGCACCAUGUCGCACUCAGAGCUGACCCCUGGGGGCCUGAGGGAGCAGGGUAGCUUGACCAUGUGGCUCAGAGAGCCUUGGGUCCUCACAGAGCUACUGAAUGGGAGUGUGGUGCCAGACCUGCGCCUGUCCUACUGUGGACCCGGGUCCCUAGACAUCCCCACCCAGUACCUGGCCCUGUUCGGUCUCCGUAGGCUGAGGGUCCACAGCGCUGCCCAGGGUGCCCCACACCCGGAGCAGGUCCUCACAAUCGCCUCUGGGACUGAGGAUAUAGACGUGAUGGGCUCCCUAGCCUCCACUGACCCCUCGUCUAUCCUUCAUGUCUCCUUCCUGGAUGUAGCAUUGCUUAAUGGCUUAUCGUCCCUAAAGGCCUACAGUGUGAGCGCCCCUCCCAUGCCCACCCUCUCCCAGUACUUCCCCCACCUGCCCCUGUACCCUUCCACCCCUCUGGACCAGCCCCCAGACCCCCAACAGGACUGCCUCUUCACCUUCAUCUACUAGACCUGUAGGCUCUGAGCAGAGAGCAGGGCUGGGUCAGUCCCUCAGCUAAAUAGAUCUAUGGAAACUAGACUGGGCUGGAUGGAUAACACUGAAGUGGUAAGUGCAAGAGCUCCAUUCACCCUGAUGUUACUGAAUGGACUUGAUGUGCAGAGAGCUAUGCUGCUUUUCAAUUUGUUUCUAUAUAGUGCGUUUCUACGCUGCAGAAAACACUAUUCCAAUAUCCACAAGAAGACUCUGGACAAGACAAGACAACCAUCUCUGAGAAGAAGAAGGAGGCAUCUUGCAGUAUCAAUGCAAGAGCAAGGCAGAGAAUAAGAGAUGGAAAGAGACUUGAGAACGAGACAGAGAACAAGACAAGGACGGCAUCCGUCUGCUGCUCUAAAGACUAACAGAAAGCUUGUAGGCCUGCUGUUAUGAAUGCUAUCAGAUAGUUAGCUUGUAGGCCUGCUGUUAUGAAUGCUAUCAGACAGUUAGCUUGUAGGCCUGCUGUUAUGAAUGCUAUCAGAUAGUUAGCUUGUAGGCCUGCUGUUAUGAAUGCUAUCAGAAAGUUAGCUUGUAGGCCUGCUGUUAUGAAUGCUAUCAGAAAGUUAGCUUGUAGGCCUGCUGUUAUGAAUGCUAUCAGAAAGUUAGCUUGUAGGCCUGCUGUUAUGAAUGCUAUCAGACAGUUAGCUUAUAGGCCUGCUGUUAUGAAUGCUAUCUGACAGUUAGCUUUGCCAGCUGCUCUUUUCUUCAGUUAUUCGGUGCAGAUGGCCUAUUAAGGCAUGUUGUUUUGAAGCAGGUUACCAUGGCUCCCCUAUAAAUGGGUCUUCCUGGUUGGAACCCUAAUGGAUAGUCAGGUCAUGUGACUGUUCUUAGUGGAACUGUACGGUUGUGGACCCACCUUAAGCUGGACUUGGUUGGGUUUUGUAAUUCAAGAUGAAGCUGACGUAGAAGCCUUUUGGACUGGUGUGUUCUGGUGACUGGGUCCGUCCGGCCCAUGCUGGAUUGAUUACAUCACUGUGUUUCUGUUGUUCUAGAAUACAGGCUUGUCCUGGAACGGCCUUGGUCUCACCCCUAUGGUCCACAAUAUGUCAUUCUGCUCAUGUUCUAGAAUGAGCAUGUCUGUACCCUUUUAGUUUUUAAGUAGUACCCUGGCCAGGGAUUAGACCAUGUUAGUAAAAGUUAAUAAAUCUUACCCUUGGUUUAAAAAAUAAUAAUAAUAAGAGGGGGAAGAAGGAACAUCACAAGAGGUGUUAGGAAAUAUUUUCUGAUCUCCAACUCAAAUAACAAAUAGCACAUGUUUUAUUUUCAGCUGACAUCCGGAGAGAGACAUAGUCAUAUCAUUAAUCUAAAACCACCCUCACAAACCGACUGCAGCCAACACUUCUGUUCUGCGUGUGUGUGUGCCUAGGCGUGCAAGUGUACAUGCAUAUUCUUAUAUACGUCUUGUAAAUAAUUGUUGAAGAUGGGUGACGUGACGCUUCAGUUCCUCUGCCUGCCCUGUGGUGAGCAAUGGUGGGUAUUUUCUAGAUUAGGUCACUCCAGAACACACUCACUAAUGACAGUUGGGAAAUGAAGUUUCCUGGAUUAUUCUACAAUGACAUGACACUACAACAUGCAGACGCAUCAGAUCACAACCACAUCGAUGUAUUUAAGAGAGCUGGCAGUGCUGAAUAUGGUCUCUAAUUCUACACAUUCGGUUAUAUAGCAUUAGUGAAAUAUUCCAGUGGAAUAUUAAAACAUUUCCUAUGUCAUGUUAAUCAGGACCAAACACAUCUCGGAUACAAUCUCUCAAGCUCAGGCUCUCUCUGUAGAGACAGAAACCUGACGCUAGUGCUUCCCAUUUGGAGAAUUUAGGUCACACCUCUGGGGAACCAUUUACUGUGGAUUAAACAUUUAGGCUAGGUCGUCACAAAAUGUGUCGCUCCUCACGCUCACUGUCUGCACCCUAAAGUAUAUCUCAGUCACUCACAAUCCGGGCAGAACGAUCCAUGAGCCUCCGUAGCAGGAGAUGGGUGCUUGUGUAUCAUGUCAUGUUUAUUAUUAACUAGUGUUGCUACUUUGAUUUUAAAGCACCUUUUGAUUCAAGCACUUUUUUUCUUCACUGUAUCAUAUCAGGAUAUUUUUUGAAGGUAUAUACAGUUGAAGAUUGAAGUUUACAUACACCUUAGCCAAAUACAUUUAAACUGAGUUUAUCACAAUUCCUGACAUUUAAUCAUAGUAAAAAUUCCCUGUUUUAGGUCAGUUAGGAUCACCACUUUAUUUUAAGAAUGUGAAAUGGCAAAAUAACAGUAGAGAGAAUGAUUUCUUUCAGCUUUUAUUUCUUUCAUCACAUUCCCAGUGGGUCAGAAGUUUACAUACACUCAAUUAGUAUUUGGUAGCAUUGCCUUUAAAUUGUUUAACUUGGGUCAAACGUUUCGGGUAGCCUUCCAUAAGCUUCCCACAAUAAGUUGGGUGAAUUUUGUCCCAUUCCCCCUAACAGAGCUGGUGUAACUGAGUCAGGUUUGUAGGCCUCCUUGCUCGCACACGCUUUUUCAGUUCUGCCCACAAAUUUUCUAUAGGAUUGAGGUCAGGCCUUUGUGAUGGCCACUUCAAUACCGUGACUUUUUUGUCCUCAAGCCAGUUUGCCACAACUUUGGAAGUAUGCUUGAGGUCAUUGUCCAUUUGGAAGACCUAUUUGCGACCAAGCUUUAACUUCCUGACUGAAGUCUUGAGAUGUUGCUUCAUUAUAUUCACAUAAUUUUCCUAUCUCAUGAUGCCAUCUAUUUUGUGAAGUGCACCAGUCCCUCAUGCAGCAAAGCACCUCCACAAUAUGAUGCCGCCACCCCCGUGCUUCAUUUUUGGGAUGGUGUUCUUCGGCUUGCAAGCCUCCCCCUUUUUCCUCCAAACAUAACGAUGGUCAUUAUGGCCAAAAAGUUAUAUUUUUGUUUCAUCAGACCAGAAGACAUUUCUCCAAAAAGUACGAUAUUUGUCCCCAUGUGCAGUUGCAAACCGUAGUCUGGCUUUUUUAUAGCAGUUUUGGAGCUGUGGCUUCUUCCUUGCAGAGCGGCCUUUCAGGUUAUGUCGAUAUAGGGCUCGUUUUACUGUGGAUACAGAUACUUUUGUACAUGUUUCUUCCAGCAUCUUCACAAGGUCCUUUGCUGUUGUUCUGGGAUUGAUUUGCACUUUUUGCACCAAAGUACGUUCAUCUCUAGGAGACAGAAGGUGUCUCCUUCCUGAGCAGUAUGACAGCUGCGUGGUCCCAUGGUGUUUAUACUUGCGUACUAUUGUUUGUACAGAUGAACGUGUACCUUCAGGCGUUUGGAAAUUGCUCCCAAGGAUGAACCAGAAUUGUGGAGGUCUACAAUUAUUUUUCUGAGGUCUUGGCUGAUUUAUUCAGAUUUUUCCAUGAUGUCAAGCAAAGAGGCACUGAGUUUGAAGGUAGGCCUUGAAAUACAUCCACAGGUACACCUCCAAUUGACUCAAAUCAUGUCAAUUAGCCUACCAGAAGCUUCUAAAGCCAUGACAUCAUAUUCUGGAAUUUUCCAAGCUGUUUCAAGGCACAGUCAACUUAGUGUAUGUAAACUUCUGACCCACUGGAACUGUGAUACAGUGAAUUAUAAGUGAAAUAAUCUGUCUGUAAACAAUUGUUUGAAAAAUUACCUGUGUCGUUGCACAAAGUAGAUGUCCUAACCGACUUGCCAAAACUAUAGUUUGAUAAUAAGACAUUUAUGGAGUGGUUGAAAAACAACUACAACGUAAGUGUAUGUAAACUUUCGACUUCAACUGUAUGCUUUGCAGAAACCUGUAUAAAUCACAUAUAGAUAAGUACAGGCUCUCUGGUGUUGGGACUGGCUGUAUAAAUCACAUAUAGAUAAGUACAGGCUCUCUGGUGUUGGGACUGGCUGUAUAAAUCACAUAUAGAUAAGUACAGGCUCUCUGGUGUUGGGACUGGCUGUAUAAAUCACAUAUAGAUAAGUACAGGCUCUCUGGUGUUGGGACUGGCUGUAUAAAUCACAUAUAGAUAAGUACAGGCUCUCUGGUGUUGGGACUGGCUGUAUAAAUCACAUAUAGAUAAGUACAGGCUCUCUGGUGUUGGGACUGGCUGUAUAAAUCACAUAUAGAUAAGUACAGGCUCUCUGGUGUUGGGACUGGCUGUAUAAAUCACAUAUAGAUAAGUACAGGCUCUCU